UACAGUUUAAUAGGGGUGAGCUCCUGCGUGUUUAUGGUGUAGGCCAAUGUAUGGCGUCCUCUUCGCAAAUCUGAAAUGACAAGUUCGGUGUCUGAAAGUGUGCUAAUCAGCGCACUAAGAGAUUUCAUCUCGACUGGAAGGAGUUUGCUAGAAAUUGCAGAACAAGGGAUCACACAAGACGACUCUCAAGAUGCCGUGGCCAGCAAACUUAAUGUGCUGUUUGGGAUAAUCGCAGCGGGAGCAGGUUUCUACAACAGUUUGUCUGUUAAGAAAAGGAGUGAAGCUGAGGAAAUAUGGAAGAAUUACUAUCACCAUGGGGAGGUCAGGGACCUCGUUGAAGAUUUUUUGCAGUUGGAGACGGACUGGGACGGUUUUCUGAACCGAUUGGACACACAGCUGCAGAUGAAUGACAAAAUUCUCGCAAACUCACCCACUGCAAACACCCUCAGUCCAGACAUCCCGCUGGUUGACGUCAAAAAGGGAGAGCAGGUCUUUUUGGGUCAAUAUUUUGGAAAAGGGGAGAAGCUGUUGUUAGUCCUGCUCCGACAUUUUGCUUGACUACCAUGACGAGACCACUUGUCAGAGCUGAAGGAGAACAAGAAUCUUCUAGAAGCUCAGUCAGUCAGAGUGGUGGUGGUCUCGUACGGAUCUUUGGAUGGAGCUCGGUUUUGGCUCUCUCAGACCAGCUACGACUUUCACAUGCUGCACGACACCGAGAGAAAGAUAUACAGAGCAUUUGGUUUGGGAUCGUCUUUCGCCAAAGUCGCCAAGUUUGACUCUCUGCUUCGGUACUCUGAGUACCCCGUGGCGAACCGAGAAUUCCCCGAUGUUCCUUCACAGUUUAUCGACAAUGUGUUUCAGAUGGGCGGUAACUUUGUCGUUGAUGAGAGAGGAAAAGUGAUCUUCGCUCAUCCAUGUAAAAAUCCUUUAGACAGACCAACAGCUAAAGAGAUAGCAGCAGCCAUUUCCCUCUCCUCUAACCUGUAAAACUACACCACAAAAGACAGCAGGCAACGCUGGGUCAAAUAUGUAUUUUAAAGGAAUAUAGAAAUGAGAGGAUUCGUUCCAAUACACUUACUGACCCCCAUUCUUUAUCUUCAUGAAAAGGCCUGAACUGACCAAAUCUGUGCCUUAUAAAUUUCCAUAGAGAUGAUAAUCAUUAGCAUACUAAAACUCAGAAAUUAGUGAUAUGCCCCAAAUCUACACCUGUAGAGCUAUUUAAAGGUAAAAAACACAAUUGCAAAACAAUGCGUAAUCAGUGAAUCGUUUCUUUCUAUGGCAUUAUGACCCAACCUCUUAACUCUUGUAUAGUAGACUACAUACUUCAGCAUGUCUUUGACUAGGGCAUACUUUUAAGCAGGGUCCAGGUGAGGGGUCAAAGGACGAGGCCUGUGAUUAUUCUUUUCCUGUAGAUGGAUAUUUGACCCAGCUCUACUAUGCUGGCUUCACAGAGGAAGAUCUCCCGCGGGUUGUGCAAAUGAUGGUAGGAUUCAAACUCAUAGCCUUAUGAUGAGUCCUGUCUGAUGUGAACCCACAACCUUCUGGAACUUUCUUCUUCUCUGUGAAGUUGGCAGAAAUCUCUUAUGUACACAUAGACACACAGAGUUACUGUAGUUUAUGAAUCAACGAAACUUGUUAACUAUAUACAGUGUACACAUACAUGAAACACAAAUGAUGUGAUAUAAUUCAUAUAAUAUUUUGCAUCAUACCAUUGUAGCCUUGCAAUCUUUAACUAAUAAAUUACUUCUGUUUAAUCUGG